CUCUCAAUCACGACCAUGUAUUUUGAUCUUAAUAUACCAUAUUCAAAAGAAACUAAUACUAAAGAAGAAGAGCGAAUAGAUCUUUUGAUGAAAAGAAUAAAGUCUAUUGAUCAAGCUACGAUCGCUUGGAAUAUGGAAGUAUUUGAAAUAAGUCAAAUGAAGGCAAUACCUCCUUAUGGACCUCAACGAUUCCCUACAAUUCAACAACUCACUCGUGUUACUGUGGCAGUUGACGAUAUCAAGAAAAACUAUCAACUAGUAGCAGCAAAUCCUUUGAAUCAACAAAUUGAUAUAUUAGCAGUCAAACCAUUAACAAGUGAUGCCUGCAAACAAGCUUGUCAGGUAUAUGAAAUCGAUCUAAUAUCUAUCGAUCUAUGUACUACAAUUGGACUUCCUGGUUAUGGUGCUGCUCAAGUAGCUAUUAAUCGUGGUAUUUUCUUUGAAAUUUGCUACUCUCAUGCCAUCCGACAACCUGGUAAACGUGCCUUAUUCUUUGCUAAUGUACGCAAACUGAUCCAGCAUACCCGUGGACAUAAUCUGAUCUUAUCAAGUGGAGCUAUCCAAGCAUUGGAAAUUAAACGACCUUCAGAUAUUCGAAUGUUGGCUCUUAUGUUUGGUAUGAAUCCAACACAAAUGGAAGCAGCAGUAGGAUAUAAUUAUCAACGAUUACUACGAAAAGCAGAAACACGAAAAAAUACCAUUGCUUCUGCCAUCAGUAUCAACGAACCAUAUAUUCAAACAACAGCUGAAUCAACAUCAACAUCUGACGCAUCAUCCUCCAAAGGAAAGAAACGAAAAAACAAGCCGAAUAAUAACAAUAAUAACAACAAAAAGCAAAAGAAACAAAAGCAACCAAAAACCAACUAGAUUUGAUACAUUUUCUGGCAUUCCCCCUUCAUUCAUUCAUAGUUUAUCGUAUCAAUAUUCAUUUCUUCCCCUCCUUUCUUAUAUGUAUAAUAAAUUGAC